UACGUUUGCUGAACAGUGCAUGCCUUUCGAUUCACAUUUGAAGAGAUGUGUAAAUAUUAAAACAAACAAUUUAGAUGAGCAGUCAUUAUAAAACAGAUUGUGUGAUUAAAUACGAGUCGUACAAUGUCUGGAAGUGCUGUUCAGUUAAACUCGUGGAAUAACACGGAUGGGAGUCCACCCUCCUACAACAGUACGGGAAACACAAAUUCUGCUUUUGUGCAUGAUGAGAAUGCAAAAUAUGUCAUAGAGAAAGAAACAGAAUUAGGAGGAAAGGAUACCUCCGAAAAGAACGGAAAUUUGCAGAAUGAUGAAACCGAUGAGGUUAAGCAGUAUGAAGAAAGCAGCGAUGAGGAAGAUGAUGAAAUUGACAAUAAAUGUUCCCGGGCCGUAGGCGGCGUCCAGAGAAAUGUGUUUAAGUUUUGUGGAACACAUAAAUUAGGAAUCAAGAUCCUCCUUGCCGUUAUAUUUGGCUGUUUGUAUUGCGCAUACUUCAUCUACGCAAUGAUCAAGUAUUUUGACCCACGCGACGAGGGCAUGGUUCGACUGUUGUGGUUCACGUUGGCUGUUGCUUUCCUUACCUCUGGCAUCCUGCUUAAAGACCAUGUGAUCAAGGACAAAUGGAGUUUUGAUUGCCUGUCUGGAAGGGAUGGAAGUACUUCACAGAAAGUUUCACGAAUCAUUUACUGGUUUCUUGUUAUCGGAACAAUCAUUUUUGUGAUUGUCUUCGUCAUUGUUGAUAUCGGUCUCAAGAAACCAGACUACCUACGAUCCGCUAGUGGAAUAUUUGCUUUUGUUGCGCUGUUUUACAUAUUUUCCUACAAGCCAUCAAAGGUCAAAUUUCGCCCUGUUUUCUGGGGUCUCGCCAUACAGUUCUACUUUGCUCUGCUCAUCUUAAGGACCAAUUGGGGAUACACGGCCUUCCAAUGGCUCGGGGACAGAAUACGUGAGUUUCUGGAGCACACCGAUGCCGGAGCUAAGUUUGUGUUCGGCGAGGAUACAUAUACUAUGCACUUCUUUGCCUUCAAGGUUCUGACCGUGGUCACCUUCUUCAGCGCCUUCGUCUCCAUGUUAUACUAUGCUGGCGUAAUGCAAUUCAUCAUAAGACAUAUUGCAAGAUUCCUCUCUUUUUGUCUUGACACCUCGCCAACUGAAAGUCUCAACGCAGCAGGCAAUAUAUUCAUUGGGCAAGGUGAAGCCCCACUUAUGAUACGCCCAUUCAUAAAAGAUAUGACACGGUCGGAGCUACAUGCAGUAUGUACAGGAGGAUUUGCUACAAUAGCUGGAGCUGUGAUGGCAGCCUAUAUAAAUAUGGGGGUUCCCGCGAACCACCUGUUGUCAGCGUCAGUGAUGAGCGCUCCAGCAGCUCUAGCCAUGGCAAAGCUGUUCUGGCCGGAAACGAAGAAAUCGAAAGCACGAGCGGAAGACGUUUACAAUAUGAAGAAAGGGACUGAACACAAUGUGAUCGAAGCGGCCAGCAACGGGGCAUCGGUGUCUAUCAAACUUAUCGCUAAUAUCGCCGUCAAUCUCAUCGCUUUCAUUGCUAUUUUGGACUUCAUCAAUGCCACAUUGAAAUGGUUUGGACAUCGAGUGAAUAUGCACGAUCCAGAGCUAACUUUCUCGCUUAUUUGUUCCUACGUAUUUUAUCCAAUCGCUUAUGUAAUGGGGUGUUCAUUAGACGAUGUCUUCAAAGUGGCUAGUCUGUUAGGAACGAAGACUUUCCUCAACGAGUUUGUAGCUUACAGCGAAUUGAGCGUGUACAUAACCAACAGAGAAACAUACGAUAGUUAUAUUGCAAAUGCCCUUUCACAAAACAUAACAACAGAAAUAUCCUAUCAAAAUGAUGACUUGAUUCUUGGAAACAACAUUACACUUUCCGGCGGACUUCUCUCGGAUCGAUCAACUGUAAUUUCAACUUAUGCCCUGUGCGGUUUCUCCAAUCUAUCUUCCAUUGGCAUCAUGAUAGGGGCAUUAGGCGCAAUGGCUCCAUCCAGAAAAUCUGAUAUCACGAGGGUGGUGGUAAGGGCCAUGAUUGCUGGAAAUGUGGCGUGCUUUAUGACGGCGUGUAUCGCAGGACUGCUGUACAAUCCAGAAUAAAUCAAGCAAUCAUUUGUUGAUCAGUUUGAAAUCAGACAGAUCAAAAGAAAAUGUAUUAAAUCAAUAAAACGACAAACACAGCUCCUGCGAAAUAUAACAUAUACAUAUUAAAAUGUUUAAUCUCAAAUGAUGAUCUAAGUACAACUUGGUUUGAUGUGAAUUGGACCAACCAAAAUUACAAACAAGUGAAUCUUAUAUUUGAUGGGUGACAUGGACUUUUGAUUAUAUAUUUGCUUGUGGUUUAUUAGAUAGAAUUGCUUGGUGAGGGUUUUGGACGCAAAUUAUUAUAAUAUACACAAUGACAUGCAAAACCCUAAAAAUAGUGUUUUUGUUGGUGUUUUAAGAGAUCACGUUAAUUUCUCGAAGGUUGACAUAUUCGCAAAGUUUCAAUAUAAAAUUGGCAAACAUUUCGAGAAAAUUACGAAAAUCAAUAAAAAAAACGUGUUGUUUUGCGUGUAAGUAGGCAAUCUGACGAACUGAUUAAUCAAGUAGUAAAAUAGUAUAUUUCAGCAACGGUAUUGUUUUUAAACCCCUUCAUCGAUUUGUGAUUAUAUUUAAAAAAUAAAAUUAAUUACUAUAUUGAUUACUAACCAAAUUCCCGUUUCCGGGCAAUUUCAAAUGUAUAUGAAUUCGUUCCUUACAUGAUCAUAUCAUUACAUUUCUAUUUUAUUUUCCUUCAUUAUAAAUACUAUUGCUUAUAAUUAAUCAAAACAUGCUCGCUUUGAAAACUUUCUCUGAUUGUUAGGUUUAACAUGGCUUACUAGAAGUACCUCGAAAGGUUCUAACCCAAAUCCGAAAUGAAAAGCUAUAAUCAUGAAAUUAAGUUGUUUAAACCUCACAUAUGUUCUUAAUAUAAUCGCUAUUCAACUAUAGCCGCAUUUAUCUUUUUAUAUUGCUUUGAUUACUAAACACGAUUCACAUGUUCUUACUUGGUAUGAUUGAAAUCAUUGUGAGUUGACCAUGAAAAUCAAGCGCUAGUCCUUGUAUGGUAGUAUUAAAAUUAUCACAUUAACAAAUUAAAAUCUGAUUAGCAUGCACGUUUGAGCAAAGAAUGGCUUUUGUUUCAAUUCUACAAAGCAUGUUUGUGAUUUUUGCGUGUAUCGCAAUAAUAAUAUAAAUGCAAAUAUUGAAAACAAUAAAACCUGUUUCGUACAGUUCUACUUGAAUCAUAGAAGCGUUUGAUAAUUUACGAUUGGCAAUGGUUAAGGUUGUUGUUUACUAUUCAAGUUAAUCGAUAUUCUUGUAGCGAAUGUACACAUGAAAAUCGAAGAAAAUAAAAAUAU